UCAGACUUUUUUAGAGAGAGAGAGAGAGAGAGAGAGAGAGAGAGAGAGAGGAAGAAGGAGAAGAAGAGGAGAAAGAAGAAGAAGAAGAAGACGACGAAGACCGUACAUAUACAGUGAGCCUGACCUCUCUCUCAGAGGAAGGAGACGGGACACUCUUCACUCUCUAUCUUCUGCUUUCUCUCUCGGAGCUACGCAAUGGUGCUUGUAUGCUCAUCAUGCAAAUUGGGUACCUUCAGAUCAAUCUGUAUAUAUGAUGUGAAUACUUAAGGUGUGGUGUAUAGGCUUUUUAUGGUCUUCUAAGCUUCGGGCAAAGGAGAGAGACUGUAAAAGCGCGUUGACCAUGGAAGUUCAGGUGAAGAAUCCAUGGGAAGAUGUGGUUUGCCCCAUAUGUCUGGAUUUCCCUCACAACUGCGUCCUCCUCCAGUGUUCCUCGUAUGACAAAGGAUGUCGUCCUUUUGUUUGUGAUACAGACCACUUGCACUCGAAUUGUCUGGACCGCUUUAGGAGUGCUUAUGGUAUGACAUCAACCUCUCCCUCCGAGCAUUCUUCUGUAUCAGAUGCCUGUCCAGAGAAUCCUGAAGGUGAUUCCAGGCCUACCUGUCCUUUGUGCAGAGGUGAAGUUACGGGAUGGGUGAUCAUCGACGAGGCCCGUGCCUACCUGGACAGGAAGCAGCGGUGUUGUGAAGAGUUGCGAUGUUCUUUUACGGGCGCUUUCCUUGAAUUGCAGAAGCAUGCCCGCCUGGAGCAUCCUCAUGCUCGGCCUUCUAAGAUCGAUCCUGCUCGGCAACUUGAUUGGGAAAAUUUCCAGCAGUCCUCCGAGAUCAUAGAUGUGUUGAGUACCAUUCAUUCAGAAGUUCCUCGUGGAGUUGUUUUGGGAGAUUAUGUUAUUGAAUACGGGGACAAUGAUACUGGAGAUGAGUUUGAGGAUUUCCCAGGAGAUGAUGGCAAUUGGUGGACAUCAUGUAUUCUGUAUCAGGUAUUUGAUAACUUUAGGAGUUCGAGGAAUAGGAGAAGGUCAAGGGUUGGUGAUGCAAGAAGAGGAAACCGCCGUGCCAGCAACGAUGCCUCAAAUUCUGACGAGGGUUCUGUGGCAUCUGUAGAGUUUCCUGAAUAUAGAGCAGACGAGUUUGAUGAUGAAUAUGUCAGCUCAAGAGGUCCUUCAUCGGGUCGCUCAAGGCAUCGCAGUUCCCGUAGACGCCGUUCUCGCUUCUAUGACAACUAGUAGAUAGAUGACUGGAGCCAAGCAGGAAAGGAAACGCAGUCCAGAAGUCGAGAAAUGGUUGUUGUGGACAGUAGAGGGGAGAACUGUGGAACUCUCCAUCACCAUGGUAGUGUAGUAGCGUUUGGACUUGUUAAACGCCACAUAGGGAUUGCAUGAAAGACGUGAAUUAUAGCCCUGCUUGGGCCACCAAUCGAUGUGGCUUUUGUCAUGACUGUUUGAUUUCGUUCGUUUUUCUCUUUUGGAGUGGAUGUGAUGGUUUUUGGAUAUUCUUUGAAUUAUGGAAUAUUUUGAUGUCUAAUUUCAGUCUGAAUAGAUUAAUCUUGUCA